AUGAGUCCUGGGAAAGAAUUUGUCAGCUUCGCCAAUGACUCUCCAGCUCUUGGCACCAUGACUGGACAUGGGCUCUGUGGACUUUAUCAAUCGUCUGCACCACUGGGCACCAUGAAAGGCAGCAUUAGAACCCCAAUCCUCACUGUUCUUCUCUGCCUCGGGCUGUGUCGGGGCCUGUGGGAUUGGGUACAUGCAGGAGCACCCCCCAAACCCUCCAUCUGGGCUGACCCAGGCCCCACAGUCACCAGUGGGAGCCAUGUGACCAUCAGGUGUCAGGGGUCUCUGCAGGCUGAUGUCUACCCUCUGUAUAAAGAGAGGGUCCCUAAACCCUUGGACAUAGAAGACCCACAGGACUCCAGCAACAAGACCAGUUUCUCCAUCGAAUCUAUGAGAUCACACACUGCAGGGCUGUAUCAGUGUGCAUAUCACACUAGCAGGAAUGUUGUGAAGCACAGUGACCCCCUGCCCCUUGUGGUAACAGGAGUGUAUGGUAGACCCUCCAUCUCAGCCCAACCAGACCCUGUAGUGGCAUCGGGAGAGAACGUGUCCCUCUCCUGUAGCUCAGAGGUCACAUUGGACACUUUCCAUCUGCUGAAGGAGGGAGGAGCUGACCCACCCCGACACAUGGAAUUGAGGAUCUGUCACAGAAGGAGGCAGGCUGUCUUCCCUGUGGGCCCUGUGAACACCUCCCAUGGGGGGACCUACAGAUGCUAUGGUUCUCCCAGCUCCUACUCCUACGUGUGGUCACACCCAAGCGACCCUCUGCAUCUCCAGGUCACAGGCAUGUACAGGGAGCCCUCACUCUCAGCCCAGCCAAGCUUGCUGGUGCUAUUUGGAGACAACCUGACCCUCUAG